ACUAUUAGAUAGUGUCCAUAAAUCUCAUGAUAUGUACCCAAAGAUUCAUAAUGAACUUCGAUGGGAGUUUCACUUGAAGCAAUAACGCGUUGAUCUAGUUGCCACCGGAGCCACAAAGGACUAUUUAAAUUGAUUUUUUUCUGCCGAUAAGCCCCAAUUGCAUCAUAAGAAUCACAAAAAAAGGGAUCCUUUGUAUACUUAUAGUUAUUAUCCAGAAAUGCAGCAGCAGCAGCAGCCAUCACAACCAGAGGUGAUAAACCUUGCAAAUGUCACCACUGAACAGAUUCAAAAGUGUCUGGAUGAGAAUAAGCAGUUGAUUAUGGCAAUACUAGAACAACAUAGCCAAGGAAAGUACUUGGAAAGUGCCCCAUAUCAAACCCGGCUGCAAAACAAUUUACUGUAUCUGUCUAGAGUUGCAGAUGCGAAACCACAAGAUCCAGCUACAUCUUCUAAGACUUCUCCUCAGUCAGCAGCACCACAGCAAGAGCUGUUUGGGCAGCCUUUACAAGCUGUACUGGCACAGCCAAGUUUACUCCCUCCAAAUUUAGUUUUCCAGUUGACUGACCAACCCCAGCAGCAGCAGCAGCAGCAGCAGCAGAAGCAGAAGCAGCUGCAGCCGCCAUACCUCCAACAACAGCAACUCAACCAUGGACAGAUGAGCACAAGACAGGGUUCCACUAGCAACAUGUAUCAGGCCAUGCAAACUGGACUUGGAAACAAUUUCAUGAGCAUGACAGGAAACAUGCAAGAUGGCUUAGGUACCGGAGAUAGCCGUGGAAAGUCAGCUUAUGGACAUAACAAUGAGGAUACCCAAAACAUGAGGCUAAUGUGACCUCAACCACUGCUUGCAGCAUGCAGGGGCUUCUACAAGCACUCUUCUGGUUGUAGGCACGCCUUGUAUAGACGUCAUACAGUUAGACUAAGGCUGUUCAAUCUUUUCAAUUCUUUUUCUUUAUUGGCAAACAAACUAUAAGUACAUUAGAAGGUUGGUCCAAAAUAAUUCGCCUGCAAGAUACAGACUGUUACUUAGAAACUCUCUCCCCAAACCUCCCAAAAUAUUAUAAUAGGAUUUCCUUAUUUUGGAAAACCGAAAACUUGAGGAAGGCAGGACUGAAUACAGUCAUUUUUCCUUG